AUGCUCUUCCCGGAGGAAGACGCGCCGCUGCUCAAGGAGUGGAUCGUGCGCCGGCUAGAGGACACGUCGGAUGCGGACGCCGAGGUGCUGGCCGAGUACAUCAUCGCUCUCCUCAAGCACGACGGCACCCGUGACGAGGUGCGCAAGCUGUGCGAGGCAGAGAUCCUCGACUUCCUGACCGAGGACCCCAAGGCCUUCCUCGACGAUGUCUUCCAGGCCAUCAUCUACAAGUCCUACGUCCCCGGGGCGCCGCCGCCUCCAAAGCUACCAUCUGCCGCUGCUCUUCCCUCGAAGCCCAUGCACAGCAACGGCAACGGCAACGGCAACGGCAACAAUCGUCAUCGACAGCAGCAGCAGCAGCAGCAGCAGCAGCAGCAGCAGGCGCCCAUGCCGAGGAAACGAGGAUACAGGGAUGUCGACGCGCCGGGCGGCGCAGCGAAUGAAACGAUCACGUAUGCGGACUAUCAGCACCAACGACCGACGAAACAGCCCCGAAGACAGCCGGAGCAGUCAUCUCUACCGCCGCCACCUCCGCCGCCGCCACCACCGGGAGGGAUCGAGUUCAACGCUGGCAUGCCGUCGCCGUACGACCCGGAGAACAAUCCCAUGGCGGCAUUCUUCAGCAGCAUGGGCAUACCGCCGUUUCCGGGGCUGCCUCCAUUCCCACCGCUUCCCGGCGGAGGUCGCGGACGGGGGGGACGCGGCGGUAAGCGCAACAGGCGGUGCCGCGACUUCGAUACGAAGGGGUACUGCGAGCGGGCGAGCACAUGCAUGUUCGAGCACGGACCGACGGACCCGGGUGCAUCCAUGCCAAUGGACAUGGAGGAUCCCACUGCCGCCGCCGCCGCCGCCGCCGCCGCCGCCGCUUUCGCGGCACAGUUAGCUGGCGGUUCAGGGCGGAACGGCAACAAUCGCAGAGGUAAGGGCGGCGGCGGCAGGAGAGGAGGUGGCGGCGGCGGCAGUGGCAGCGGAGGAAGGGCUGCCUUCUCGGCCGAGGGACCCGUGCAUGACCGGACAAGGAGCACCAUCGUGGUGGAGAACAUCCCGGAGGAGAACUUUUCCGAGGAGCAGGUGCGCGGCUUCUUCUCGCAGUUUGGCAACGUGGUGGACGUGUCCAUGCGCGCGUACAAGCACCUGGCCGUCGUAAAGUACGACCGGUGGAGCUCCGCCAACGCGGCUUACCAGUCUCCCAAGGUCAUCUUUGACAAUCGCUUCGUCAAGGUAUUCUGGUACAAGGACGGCGUUGAGAUGGAGGACAGAAACAACAACAACAACAACAACAACAACAGGGCGACACCAUCGUCCACAGCAGCAGCAACAGCAGAGAAGCAGCCACAACAAGAAAGGUCGGAAGAGCCGGAGAUGGACCCCGAGGAGUUCAAGAGAAGACAGGAAGAGGCGCAGAGACAGCACGUCCAGAGGGAGGAGAAGCGUCUGGAGAUUGAGAGGCAGAGGAUCGAGCUGGAGAGGAAGCAGCAGGACCUCAUGGACCGUCACCGACAGGAGGCCGCGAAGCUGCACAGGAAACUCAGGGAGAAGAACGGCACCGCCAACGGCCAGACCGGCGGUGCGGGCGGUGGCGGCACGACAGACAUGCUGCUAGCCAAGCUGGCCGAUCUGGAGCACGAGGCCAAGAUGCUGGGCAUCGAUCCCAACGCCGCAGACGACGACAAUGACCGUCCGGCUCACCCCCACUAUCCGUCCCGCGGGGGUUGGAGAGGUCGCGGCGGUGCUGCCUCGAGGGGUGCUACCAGUACCAGCUGGCGCGGCGGUAGGGGCGGUGGCCACGUCGCUGCAGUCGGUCCUCUGGAUGUCGGCGCUAGACACGCUUCGUAUGCUCAGUAUUCGCUCGAUAACCGGCCGAGGAGGUUGGCUGUUACGGGAGCCGAUUUCAGUGUUGCCGAGAGUGAUGAGAUUCUUCGUCACUUUCUCCUGAACCUCGGCGAAUUCGAAUCUGUUGAACCCUCCUCGUCGACAACCUACGUCUCCUUCCGUGACCGCAAGACAGCCGAGAAGCUAUACUACAGUCUUGACGGGAAAGAAUUACCCGGUGUCGAGGGGAAGCUCCAACUCUCUUGGCUGGCAAGCCAGCAGCUGCUUCUGCGGUCGCGAAUUCAGCACUGCCGACAGCGGAAGAUAUAA